AUGUCCUCAGCUCCGAGAACCGUGAACGCCUACGCAGCCUUCGACGCCAAGGCAGAAGUCAAGCCCUGGCAGUACCAAUCGCGCCCACUUGGCCCCGAGGAUGUGGAGAUUAAGAUUUCUCACUGUGGUAUCUGUGGCUCUGACCUACACACGAUGGAGGGUGGUUGGGGACCUGCAGCCUAUCCGUGCGUUGUUGGUCAUGAGAUCGUUGGUGAGGUGACACUCGCGGGUGCGAAUGUCAAGACGCUCCAAGUUGGUGACCGCGUGGCCGUGGGCGCGCAAGUGUACGCUUGCCUGAACAAGAAUCCUGAAAAGCCUUGCAAGGACUGCGUGGACGGUGAAGAUGCUGUGUGCAACCACGCCGUGUACACGUACGCCUCGACGUAUGCGGAUGGCUCCCCAUCGUAUGGCGGUUACGCUGACUACGUGCGCGUGGACAACAACUACGCCUUCAAGCUGCCGGACAACAUUCCAUCCGACGUCGCAGCACCGCUCAUGUGUGCUGGUGCGACAGUUUUCACGCCCCUAAAACAGGAGGGCGUGAAGGCCGGCGACCGUGUCGGUGUCGUGGGUAUUGGCGGUCUGGGUCACCUUGCCAUUCAGUUUUUGCUAUCUAUAGUUGUUCAUAUGCUUGAAGAUGCUGUUUAUCUACAACCUCAUACUCCUUCACGAGAGUGA